AUGUCAGCUAGCAGCUCAAAGCAAGCUGCCGGUCCGAAAGGCGCAGGAAAGAGGAAGGGAGCGGCGCCUACCCGAUCCUCAUCCCGACUCAGGAAGAAGAUGAAGUCGUCGGAUUCCGAAAUCGCAUCACCUUUUCUUCGGCUCGCCCGAGAGCUACGCGAUAUGAUCUACGGCUACGCUGCGGACUGGAACGACAUCAAUGCAGCGAUGAGAGAAUUCAAGAAGGCGAGGUUGGAAGCCUAUGCCGAAGAUUUUCUACACUCCAACGUUAACGGCAUGAAAUCAUACGCCGACAAGCUUCCUGCGCGUACGACGCCCAAUAUCCUCCUUCUCUGCCGACAAAUCACAGCCGAGGCACUCGAUACACUUCGCAAGAAGCCGCUUAUCCUUGACCAAGCUCCACUCUACUAUCCUCGGGACGCACGGUGCGGGGACUACUUCUGUUCCUACGGCUUGAAACACUUCAUGACAAAGAGCACGUUCCAGAACAUCAAGACACUGGUCAUCAGCCUGAACAGCAGUUUCCUGUCCAACAAAGUACGAGACUGGGUUGCGCUAUUCAGUGAAUACAACACAUUCGCGCGGAACCAAACUGCCCGGGGCUUCACGAUAUGCCUGCAGGUAGAUGACGACUGCGGCUAUGAAACCCUCGAGAAUUUCCGUUCGGUUAUCCAAGCUGACGGGGAUCCGGUGAUGGACGCUCCAUCCAUUCUCUGCGAUGAGUCUGUUCCAGAGGAUAUCGAAGUGGCAGUCCAAUCUUGGACUCAGAUUCGACAGAAUGGCGAUGAUGUCGAAUCUGAUGAAGACUACUUUUUUGACGAUGACGAUGAUGAAGAGGAAGACUACGACAGCGAUGAAGACGAAUACUGGGAGCCGUUCGUCGACCGCAGCGCCGUCCACCUUCUCACCGUGCAGUAG